AUGCCCUUGAAUCAUGCCGGGACCGGUGGGUCGGGCUUGUCGGAACUGAAGGAGGCAAUUUGGCGCGGUCAUGAGGAGAUGAUGAGGCGGUAUGGGCCCCCACAGCUGCCGAUUGGAGCCCACAAGGCAUCUGCAGCGAAAGCCAGGGGUUCAGCGAGAGUGGGCGGUGAGCAAGUAGCAGGGACGCGCCAGCUGGUGUGUCGGGAGGACAUGGUUCACUACUUGGAAGUGAGGGGCGGGUGGGAUCUGAAGGAGUGCGAUUGCUGCUUUGACCGCGCCCUCAGCUUGGGCGACGAGCGCGCUGUCACCAUGCAGAGCCUCACGUUCCUCCGAUCCCGCCUGCACAAGCAGCUGCCUGACGCCACCCCCUUGGCGCCGCGGCGCAGUGGAGUGAGCAAAGGUGUGGUGAAGUUCUCGGCGCGCGUGCAGGCGUUCGGGGAGCGGGGCGAGGGGGCAUCGUCUUGGACUCAAUUCUUGUGCAAGUGUGCUCUGGCUCCUUUUGUGUGUGUGGAAGCCGUGCUGCUCGACUGGAUGGCUGAGCCGCGUGUGGGUGUGCUCAUGGACCUGAAUUGCAUCUGCUACCACCUGCCCGCCAUUCUUACCACUUCACCUUGUGUUGGGGAUUCCCCUCCUGCGUCUCUUUCUGUUGCAUCUGCUGCUGCUGCCAUCCCUUGUGCUGCUGCAGCGUGGUCCCGCUGCUGGCGCUGCAGCAGCUGCUGGGCGGCCUACCGCCACGCUGUCAUCUUUGUUGCCUUCCUCGUGCUUGUGGCGAGGUGGCCGCGCAUUGACACCAUGUGGAAGGCUGACGUGGAUAUAUACGACGCGGUCUACCCGGCUCUAGAAAGCCAGCAGGGGACGGGCCGGCAGCAGGUGAAUGACCGUGCUACUUCCGUGCUGGUGCUGGUGCUGGGGGUGAAGGAGCGUGCUGACCUGCAGGAAGGGAAGAAGGGUGUGGGAAGUGUGGGGCAGAUGGGGCAGAUGGGUCUGAUUGGGCAGAUGGGUCAGAUGUUGCAGACGGGGCAGAUGGGGCAGAUGAGGCAUGCAAUGGAGGUGGUGAGGCGGCGGGUGGAGAGCGGCGAGUGCAUGGGGCCGGAGGACUAUGCGCACAUCAUGGACGAGCUGGGCAUGGACCUGGGCAACCUGCUGGGCCGUGCCAGUGAUGUUGCACGUGCUCUGGCGAACGACGGUGGUGAUGGUGGUGGUGGCAGGGAGAGCACGGAUGGGCAAUGGAGGAAGAACCUGAAGGGGCCUGUGUGGGAGAGGUAUGUGGAUGGCAUGGCUUGGAUUCUGGAGCAUGGUGGGGGGGAAGGGAGGGAGUUCCGGUGCAGCCGUUGUGGUGAGAAGGGCAGCAGUAGCAGCAAAAGUAGCCAUGGCCGCAGCAAGGCAGAAGGCAAGAAUAUUCCCAGGGGCGUGUAUGUGAGAGACGUGGGUGCGAGUGACUUGGCCGUGGCAGUGGCGUCAGUGUUCUCACGGGCAGAGCACCGCAAGCUGGGCGCCAUGUUCUUCGGGGGGGUCUACGCCACUUCUCAUGGCAGCAGCGCUUCUGUCGCCAGCAGUUCGCUGCGUGACGCUGGCAACGGGGCGUUGGAUUGGGGCCAUGAGCCGGUCAACACAGACCCCACUGUUGGCCUCCUCACCUACCGGGUUGCUCGCAUCCUGCAGUGGCUUCAGAUCUAUGGCUCAGAUUUUAUCUCAGCCAAGAUGUGCUUCAAAGAAAACUCACAGGGCAAGGUCCUGCCCAUGCGCCACCCGCUUCGGGAACUUCCAAGCCUGCUGCUCCGGUUCGGCACUGUUCUCCCCCCUUUGGAUGGAAGCAGCCCCCAUGCAGAAUGGGAGGAGUGGCCUGAGGGGGACGAAGCUACUGUGAUAUUUCCCGACGACUCCAAUGCCAGAUGUUUUGGGCUGGGCAAGGUGGAUGGCAUGCAGGGUAGCAGGAACGGUGGGUGUGUGACAACUCAGCAUGGAAGCGUCCAACAAUCUCCCACGAGACAAGUGUCGUCAGCGCGAAGCAGGGAGUGCCGUCCAAUCGUGCGGUGCAGGGCAGAUGCGGACUUGCUGGUGGAGUUCGCCAGUUUGUUGUUGGAGGCACCCGCAUGCGCCCACUGCAGCCGCUGCAUCCGCACCUACAUCUCAUACGUCCCCUUCGUCACCUUCAUCGCCAACUUCGCCUAUCGCCCCGCCACUGUCCUCCUCGACUGCUUUCUCUCCAUCUUCCAGCCCCACUCACAGCAUUUUGAAAAUCUUCUCUCCUGCCUGGGCCUGGAAGAUCCGCCUGACGGCCCUCGUGGCAAGCGGAGAAGUAGCAGCAGCAGCGUGCACGCGCUACGAGAACGGGCAGAGCAGGUGCCAGUUGCCUUGCUGCUCAGCCUGGCGCUGCUCUGCGCCACGCCUCUCCUGCAGCAGAGGGGGGUGGAAUUCGAGGGGUGGAGGGGGGAGCUGUGGGGCCAAAGAGAAAGCAGGGGGAAGGAAGGCAGGCAGUGGAGCCUGUGGGAAGGGCAAGGUGGGCGGGGGGGUGAAGGGGAUUGCGGGGUUGUGUUGGAGGAGGUGCAAUCCUGGUCCAUGGUGGCAACGCUGCCCGUUGCUGGUGUCGGGGGUGGCGGGGUGGCGUGCAGUGGCAGUGAGGUGAAGGAGCGUAAUGCGAGUGCACGCAAGGACGCAAUGGCGGAGAUCUAUGAGCGCUCUCUGCUUCACGGGGAUGGGAUUCCCAGUGCAUGUGGCAGCAGCAGCAGUAGCAUCCAUAGCAAUCAGAAGGGCAAGGAGGGGGAGGAGGCGGCCUAUAUGAGGGCAUGGCCGUGGGGAGUGAAUCUGGUGGCAUGUCUGCGAGAGAUGCUGCUGGGGGAGCCGUGUUACCGCCCUGCCUCCCGUGCUGCUCCAACCACCACUGCUGCUGCUUUUGGGGGGCAUGUGUGCACUGUUGUGGGGUGCAGGAAGAUUGAGGGUGGUGGUGUGAAGCUGAAGAACUGUUUUGCAUGUGGCAAGGUGGCGUAUUGCAGCAGAGAGUGCCAAAAGGCGCACCGGCCCUCCCACAAGCUCACAUGCUCCGGCAGGACCAGCAGCAAGAAGAGUGGGACAACCAGUGGCAAGGCGAGUGACAAGGUGAGUGGCACGGUGAGUGGCACAGUGAGAGACACGGUGAGUGGCACGGUGAGAGGCAUGGUGAGUGGCACGGUGAGAGGCACGGUGAGUGGCAUUGUGAGUGGCAUUGUUAGUGGCAUUGUGAGUGGCAAGGUGAGUGGCAAGGUGAGUGGCACGGUGAGUGGCACGGUGAGAGGCACGGUGAGUGGCACGGUGAGUGGCACGGUAAGUGGCAUGGUGAGAGGCACGGUGAGUGGCAUUGUGAGUGGCAUUGUUAGUGGAAUUGUGAGUGGCACGGUCAGUGGCAGGAUGGGGAUGAAGGCGACAGAGGGAGUGGAAGAAAGGGUGGUGAGAGGGUGGUGA